UCAGCUGGGCGGCAAUCAGCUCACCGGCUCCAUCCCUGCUUCCUUCUCCAAACUCGUCAACCUGCAAGGCUUGUGCGUUGCUCCUCCUCCCUCUGCUCCUCCUCCCUCUGCUCCUCCUCCCUCUGCUCCUCCUCCCUCUGCUCCUCCCCUCUCUGCUCUUCCUCUUUUCUCCUCGCCCAUCUUCCUUUGUUUCCUGUCUCUCAUCCCACCAUUCACUCCUUUUUUUCGCAACAGUCUUCCUCUCCCCACCCUUCCCAAUCUUCCUCUCCCCACCCUUCCCAAUCUUCCUCUCCCCACCCUUCCCAAUCUUCCUCUCCCCAUCCUUCCCAAUCUUCCCCUCCCCACCCUUCCCAAUCUUCCCCUCCCCACCCUUCCCAAUCUUCCCCUCCCCACCCUUCCCAAUCUUCCCCUCCCCACCCUUCCCAAUCUUCCCCUCCCCGCCCUUCCCAAUCUUCCCCUCCCCACCCUUACCAAUCUUCCCCUCCCCACCCUUCCCAAUCUUCCCCUCCCCACCCUUCCCAAUCUUCCCCUCCCCCACCUUUCCUCAUCUUCCCCUCCGUCAUGCCCCAACGUCCGCUCGCCCGACUGCCGUCUCACUCACUCACUUGCUCCCCCCAUGCAGCUACAUGUGGAACAAUCAGCUGAAUGGAAUCGGUUUUGCCUGACUCCUCUCGUUUCCCCUCUCCGCUCCGUCCCCCCCUGCUCCUCCCCCUCUGCUCCUCCCCCUCCUCCUCCCCCUCCUGCCUCGCUCACUCUCUCCUCGCACUUUCCUUUCUUUGCUCAAACCCCACCCCUCACCCCACACCUUUCGUCCCUUCCCAACCCCCCCUCCCCUCGCCAACAUCAUCGUCCCCUUGACUGUAUUGCAGCUGUGGUCAACUCCUCCCCUCAGCCAGUGCGAGUGGGUCCAGGUCCCUUGGGGUCGGCAAAGGCAGCACCAGGGGCCGUGGAGGGUUCGACGGUAUGCAGCGCGAGUGGGUCCAAGGGUCCCUCGGGGCCAGCGCAGGCGGCGGGACCGGCGGUGUGUCGGCAGUACCGGCUGGACGUGCUGGCAGCGGCAACGGGCAUGUGGGCGGAGGCCAACAAGAUCGGCAGCGGGGGGUUCGGGGACGUGUAUCGUGCUGAGGACCCCGCCGACCCCUCCACGCUCUGGGCUGUCAAGCGCGCCAAAGUGCUCACCAAUGACUUCCGACGGGAGGUGAACGAGAUGGCAACAAAGCAUCAUCCGAACCUGGUGCGGCUGCUGGGGUUCUGCAUAGACGGCGAUGCGGCAUCGGAGAACAUAGAGCAGAUCGGCAUCUACGAGUUCAUGAUCAAUGGCGACCUCUCCAAGAGGCUCAAUGCUGGUGAGAGGAGGAGGACGCU